UUCUUCACAAAAAACCACACGUCCAAAUCACAACCUCAAAUCUCUCUCUCUCACAGACACAUACACAUAAUUACAUAAACACGUGAAUUUGCUCUCUUUCUGGUUCACUCAUCUACCAUCUAUAUAAAUCUGAAAGAGUGUUUGAAACCCACAUCGAAAAAUCUAUCCUUUUUGUUCCUUCCCCGGCGAAUCUCCGGGGAAAUUGGUCAUCGGUAAUCACGGCUAUUUACGGGAUAAAGUCACGGCCUUUGAGCUUUCAUGUCCAACGAAAGGGUUGUUUAAUCAUAACUAAUCCUUUGCCGCACGGAGGACGUGGAGCUCUGCCGUCUGAAGGCGGCAGUCCUUCCGAUCUCCUCUUCCUCGCCGGAGGUGGUUCCACAAAUACCCACUAACGCUAACCCUUUUUCCUAAUUAGGUUUUUUAGUUCUUAGUCCUGUAUAAGUUUGUUACCUUCGAGAUUCGAAAAUUUGGGAGUAAUGUUGUUGAAGAUCAAAAGAGUUCCAACAGUUGUGUCGAAUUAUCAGAAAGAUGAAACGGUGGAAGAAGGUGGAUGUGGUCGGAAUUGCUUGAGCAAGUGUUGUAUCAAUGGGGCAAGACUUCCUUUAUAUACUUGCAAGAAUCUUGAUACAUUCGUCGGAGAGAAGUUAGAAUCUCCGGUGACGUUCCUCGAAUCUCUAGUUCUUGGAGAGUGGGAAGAUCGUUUCCAAAGAGGACUUUUUCGCUACGAUGUCACCGCCUGCGAAACCAAGGUAUUAUUGUCUCUUUGAUUCGUGGUUGAUUGAUUGACA